GUGAGCCACACCAUUUUCUUGGAGGUUGACAGGUGAAUUAAAAAGAAAACAACAUAAAUUACAAGGAUCUAAAACAAAAACACUAAUUGCAUAAGAAAUGUACUUAUGCCUCUGUUUUGUGUCGCGGAUCUGUUGGAAACAGGCAAAUAACCUCUCUCCUUUUGAGCAAGGAUAAUGUGUGUUUACUAAACACACCCUACCUAGACCCUACUUUUUGUGGGAAUUUAAUAUGUUUCUUGUUUUUAUUGUUGUUUUAAGCCCCUGUUUUGUGAUAUUGUCACCUUGUGCAGGCCAGAGUCCCAACCACCAGAAGAACAGUUAAUGCCCCCUCCUCCAACAUUAGAAACCGAGGAGGCAGAGUUGGUGGGACCGGCUCAGGGAGAUUCAUCGCCAUCUUUACAUCUCUUUCUCAGCACAGAUUUCGAAUCCAUGGAAACCACUCUUGAAAACGACAGCAACCCAAUAACGCCCUCAACAACAGAGGCUCCUCCAGUGUUUCCUACAUUCAUCGCGACUUAUAUCCCCAUACCAUUCCCAAUAUGGCCAUCCAAUGCAGUUCCUCUGGAUGAAGAAGAUGCAGGGGCAGAAACGUCCCACCACCAGAUCUUGAAGCUCGUUCCGGUUGUCCCCAAAGAACCAUUGAAACUAGAUGAACUAGUUGGAAUGUCCCGGCGGCUUAGUCUGGGAGAUAAUCAGACCGGAUCUCUUAAGCUGGCCGGAGAACCCUCAAGGCCUUCAGCAUUUCAUGCAAGCAGUCAACGGUAGGUGUACAGUAGGUUAUUAGAGAGUUCAUCAUUUGCCUUCAUUUUCUUGUUAAAUAAACAGCAGCUUGGAUCUUUUGAAUGUUCAAGGAUAGCUGGUGCAGAAGUUUCUCCAUGCACUUGUAAAAUACAUGGUGUAUAUAUCAUUUAGAAGAAGUUUCUCCAUGCACAUUCUUCCACCCUUGUUCAAAUAUUAAAAAGAAUUUACUCACUUCAUAUUCAGAAGGGUUGUGUGAAGUUUUAUUUUUGAAAUAACUUUAUACAAUUGUU